AUGCGUAAAAUGAGUCGCUGGCCACAAACGGGAGUCGCUGCUAUAUUGGGUGGAGGUGACUUGUUUGGUGAAGAGGAUGGACUCUCGAACUUGGGUCUUUCUUCAUCUCACUUUGGCCUGGCUGCCUCCACACCUAGAGUUACCAAUGGGGGCACGGCUAAUCCUAACACGAGCUCUAACCCUUUGCACUCGAGUUUUUUGCAAUUACGUGCUAUACUCACUGAAACCUCGGACAUUCACUCAGUUGACUCGUUGACGAUUCUUCAACCGUUUUUAUUGGCGGUGGAGUCGAGCUCUACUUCAGGAAACGUUACUGGGUUGGCGCUCAACGCUAUAAACAAAUUCUUAGACUAUGGAGUGGUGGGCUGGAACUCGAAGAAUAUCCAGAACUCUCUUAUACAGAUCACUAGCUCCUUGACCCAUUGCAGGUUCGAGGCUGCUGAUCAAAGCUCAGAUGACUCGGUGCUCCUUAAGGUCUUGAGGUUGUUGGAGUCCAUUGUUGAUUCAUCCUUUUCCAAGCUUCUUCCCAACGCUGUCGUCUCUGAGGUGAUACAGACGUGCUUGUCACUUGCAUGUAACAAGAGAAGAUCGGAGGUUCUUCGAAGAGCUGCCGAGAUGGCUAUGAUCUCAAUGACUAUUCGUGUCUUCCUGCGCCUUCGUGAGCUUACACCAGAGACCAGUAAUAUGGACGAUCUUCCCACGAAUUAUGCCGAGAAUCAAUUGCCUGCUGACGUUAUUGGAGGUACCAAUUCGCCAACUGAUGAUACUAGUGCCAUAGCCCAAGACAUUGCUUCUGGAGGGGCAGACCAAGAGUUAAAACCUCCCACCGUUGACCUCGCUCCUGUUUCACCCAAGAGAAAACCAUCAAUGAGCGACGAGAAAGAACCGCAAUUUGAUAUUGCUUGCAUUAAUGAAUUUUUCGCUAUCUUGAUCUCGAUGAUUUCUCCUUCUAAUCAAUACCAACACAUGGAAAGUACUCGUGUCUUUGCUUUGCUGCUCAUAAAUAUUGCAAUUGAGGUGUCAGGCUCUGAGAUUCCAAAACAUCCUUCUUUAAUGGGUCUUGUGGCAGACCCAGUCUCCAAAGACGUGUUGCAAAUCAUUACAGUCACAGAUUCACCACCCUUGUUGCUGGCUGCAUUGAGACUUUUUUCCACUAUGGCUAUCAUUCUUGGUAAGAACAUCAAGUCUCAGAUUGAGCUUACGUUUAAUUUGUUGUUCCAUUCAAUCUUGCCUCCUGAUACAUCCAAGGAUAACACGAUAAAGGGUAAUAAGAUGGCUAUCUCUACGAGAAUUGCAUCAUCAAAAGAAGCUAUUGUUGAGUCGCUAUCUUUACUUUGGAUAAGGUCUCCUCAAUUCUUCUCCCUGUUGUUCGUCGAUUACGACUGUGACUUUGAGAGAUUUAACAUGGCUGCUGAUUUUGUCAACUUCCUUUGUAAGUUAGCCUUACCCGAGGCCGCUGUCAUCUCCACUGAUAACGUUCCACCUAUCUGUUUGGAAGGAAUUUUAUCAUUGGUUGCCGGUAUCAAUGAUCGGAUCAAAAAUUCUGAAAGCAGUUCCGCCCGCCAAAGCAAGGAACACCCUCACCAGCUCCUCGUUGAUAAGGACAAGAAGACCGCUUUUGUUCGCUGCACUGAAUUAUUCAAUGAAAACCCUAAGAAGGGUGUCGCUGCACUUGCCGAGAAGAAGUUCCUUGAAGAUCCUAAUGACACACACGAACUAGCAUCGCUUCUUUUCAACAAGUCUGCUCGUCUUAAUAAAAAGAUACUUGGUGAGUAUCUUGCCAAGCCAUCCAACACUGAACUACUAAAAGAAUUCAUGAACCUAUUCGAGUUUGCAGGCUUGCGUGUGGAUGAAGCGUUGAGACUUCUUCUCAAGUCUUUCAGAUUACCAGGUGAAUCUCAACAAAUCGAGAGGAUUGUGGAGCUUUUUGCCCAGGCAUAUGUUGAAUGUCAAAAGUCCUUCACCCCGGAGGAAUUGACCGAGGAGGAGAAAAAUGAACCUGUUAAUCCUGACCAAGAUGCUGUUUUCGUUUUGUCAUACUCGAUCAUCAUGCUUAAUACUGAUUUACACAAUCCUCAAGUCAAGAGGCAGAUGGACCUUGAUUCGUACAAGAGAAAUUUGAAAGGUGUUAACAACGGAAAAGACUUCCCUGAAUGGUACCUUUCGAAGAUCUACAGCUCUAUCCGUGACAGAGAAAUCAUCAUGCCUGAGGAACAUCAUGGAACUGAUAAAUGGUUUGAUGACGUGUGGCAUAAUCUCAUCUCUUCUCAAACGAGAGUCACCCGUGACAGGGAUGUGUCAUUGGAAUCCAUUGAUGUGGGAACAUUGUGCCAAUUUGAUAAGUUGUUCUUUGAAAGUUCUGUUGAUGUCAUCAUAGAAACUCUUAUCAAGGUCUUCAGUGAAGCUUCCGACGAUAACAUCAUCACCAAAUUGAUGUCAUCGAUUGAUAAAUGUGCCAGUAUCUGUAUUCAUUAUGGCCUUUCUGAUCCAGUCAACCAUCUCAUCGAAGAGUUGACUAAGAUUACCCAUCUUUCAGAGAAGUCCUUCCCUCCUCCUCACCCAGAAGAAAAUAUUCGUCGCGAUAUACCUAUCACUCAGAUCACUAUUGAGAAAAAAGAGGAAGCUAUUAAUAUCAGUGAUAUGGCAGUAUACUUUGGUCGUGACUUUAAGGCUCAAUUGGCAGCCGUCGUUCUUUUCAGACUCAUUAAGAAGGCUGACUGCAAGGUGAGCCAUUCGUGGGAUGGAAUUGUCAAGAUUAUCUUGACAUUGUUGGAGAACUGCUUGAUUAAUCCUAAUCUAUUCUGCGAGUUUCAGAAGAAGGUUAAUUUGUCUCCUUUGGCAAAGGUUAAACCUCGCUACAUCAUACAAGGAACGAAACCACUCAAUAAUUCUGGUAUAUUGUCGAGUUUCUCGUCAUUCUUGAAGGGCUACUCUGACGAGCCACCAGAGCCAUCCGAUCAGGAGAUUGAGUCGACCCUCUCGACAAUCGACUGUGUUAGAUCUAUUAACGUCCCUGGUAUUUUUGACACAGUUUCUAAGGGAACCCAGGUGGAACUUAAACAGUUUGUGGAUUUGCUUUUGAACAACUUACCCACAUUUUCAGAUGACAAGAAACGUUUUUAUGAGUCGGAGAUUUUGUUCUUGUUUGAGGUUGGGGUAUGUUUCUCAUUAAUUGUUAGUGAGACUGAAGUGACCGAUAAACUUAUUGAUAAGUUGGUGGAAUAUAUGAAGACACAUGUUUCCAAAAAGGGGUACAUGAGGCUUUCAACAUACCUAUUUUUAUUAGCCAGACAGAGUGACAAGAGCCAUGAGAAAGAAGCCGCAGAAGCGUUCGAACGGAUCAACAGCUUUGAUAGAGAGCUUGUCACCAAACAUGGAGCUUCACUCGUGAAGUCUCUCUUUUCCCUUGUCGACCAGGACUCCAAAUCUAGACCAUUGAUACAGAAAGAGAGUUUCUGGGAUUUCCUCAAGCUCGCUGGGUCUUCCGCAGAGCUUGCCGAUGAAAUAUUGGACUUUUUGCAUUCAAUUGUUCAAGGCUCUUCUGAUGAGGUGUCUGACCAAAACCAUAUCCUCUUACUUGGCUUGCUCGAUGAGGUUUCUUCUCUAGGUGCUGUGGGUGCUCAAUGGGAACAAGCUAAGGACAGUGGCAGGCCAGUUGAGAAGAGCAAGCUCACUGACGGAACCGAAGAAAGCAAAAACGUUCAAAAGCUUAUCAAGGUCUCCAUAAGAUCCAUUGACCAGACUGGCCUCUUGGGAAGUUCCAGCAGAAAGCUCUCUUAUCCAUUGAUCCAGGCGUUAGCCCAUCAGUGCUUUAAUCCAUGCAGAGAAGUGCGCUCGCAUGCUAUAACUGUUUUGCAGAAUACUUUACUUUCGGGCGCAUUAAACGAUAACUUCACCGCGUUAGGAAUCUACGAAUAUGGUCUUUUCCCACUCUUGGCAGAACUUGAGAAGGAAGAAGUGAUCUUUACCGACAAGAAGGGGUUCCCGGAAACACACUCUCAAAUCUUGAACUUGGUAAGCAAGGUAUUCCUUCACCAUCACCAUGAGCUCAAUGAAGAGGACAGAAAGACAGUCUGGUUGGGCAUCGUAAACCACUUCGUGAGAGUGAACACCAUGAACUCAACACAAGAGAAGAGCUACGUGAAGGAAUCCAGUUUGGAGGUUAUGAAGAACAUGAUUUUGGUUUUACAAAACGAGUUCCUCAUCCCCGAGAACAAGGAACUAUGGGAUUCUACAUGGAAGAGCCUUCAAGAGGUCUAUCCCGAUCUUGAAAAGGAACUUGCCAAGUAG